AUGACAACAACAAUUUCACAAUUAAAUAUUACACCAAUAAAAUUUACAAUAAAUGAUUUAAUUGUUGAUCCAGUUUCUUUAUCAGAAAAUUUUAAUUGUCCAAUUUGUGAAGAAUGUAUAAUGGAUGUAAAUAAAUGUGAAGCUUUACAAUGUAAAGAAGGACAUGUUCAUUGUAGAUUAUGUUGGAUGAAAUCUUUGGAAUCAAAAAAAGAAUGUAUGACAUGUAGAACAAGAGUGAAUUCCGUAGAUUCAUUAUCAAAAAAUAUUUAUUUACAAAAGGAAUUUAGAAAUAAAAAAAUAUUUUGUCCAAAUUUAUUUAGAAUUUUAAAUUCUGGUAAAAUUGAAAUUGAUGAAAAAUUUGGUUGUAAAGAGAUUUUAAAAGUUGAUGAGUUAGAAGGUCAUAUAAAGGAAUGUCAAUUUCAAUUUAUUGAAUGUCCAAAUGAUAAGGAAUGUAAAACAAGAUUAAGAAAGAAUCAAUUAAAAGACCAUGCAGAGAAAUGUAAAAAGUUGAAAUCAGAAUGUGAGUUUUGUGGUGAGAAAGGGUUGGUGAUUGAUGAUAGUAAAGUACACUAUUCCGAAUGUGAAAAGUUUCCAAUUAAAUGUCCACAAAAUUGUAAUUCGCCCACAUUCAAUUGCACAAUCGAAAGAGGUAGAAUAAAAUACCAUAUAGAGAAUGAAUGUCCAUUCACAGUGAUACAAUGUAAAUAUAGAGAAGCAGGAUGUAUGCUAGAAUUUCCAAGAUCCGAGUUGUCCGAACACAUGAAAUUAAUCGACCAUAGUAAAUACAUGGAAGCAACAAUCGACCAACAUAUAUGUAAAUUUGAAAAAUCUGAAAAGGAAUAUAAGAAAUUAGAAUUGGAAUAUAACCGACUUAAAGAUGAUUUUAAAAUAUUGCAAUCUGAAUUAAAAGUAAUUAGAGAAUUGAAAUUUAAUUAUCAAAAUAAAUGGGUUAUCACAAAUUGGUCACAAAAAUUACAAGAUUAUCCAAAACCAAAGUCAAUCGAAUCUCCCGAAUUUAUGGUUGGAAAUUUAAAAUUUAAAAUUCAAUUCUAUCCCAAUGGCGGCCUAAGUGAUGAAUCAAAAGAUUUCUUAUCAAUUUAUUUAUAUAAAUUUGAUGAUCAAACACCAUCAAAAGUUCAAUUUUCAUUUGAAUUAUUAAAUAAAGAUUUCACAAGAAAUAGAAAAUUAGCAUCAACAAAUAUAUUCCAUACCGAAAAUAAAUGGGGUUGGAGAUCAUUUAUAAAUAAUUCUUUAGUAACUACACAAACUGGUUUUGUAAUUCAAAAUAGUGUCACUUUAAAUAUUAAUAUUGAAAUUUUACCUGAAGAAAAAGAAGCUUUUACAUCUUGA